CCCCGCGGGCCUCGGUUCAAACGACCCGGUGGGUCUACAGCGGAAGGGAGGGAGCGAAGGUAGGAGGCAGGGCUUGCCUCACUGGCCACCCUCCCAACCCCAAGAGCCCAGCCCCAUGGUCCCCGCCGCCGGCGCGCUGCUGUGGGUCCUGCUGCUGAAUCUGGGUCCCCGGGCGGCGGGGGCCCAAGGCCUGACCCAGACUCCGACCGAAAUGCAGCGGGUCAGUUUACGCUUUGGGGGCCCCAUGACCCGCAGCUACCGGAGCACCGCCCGGACUGGUCUUCCCCGGAAGACAAGGAUAAUCCUAGAGGACGAGAAUGAUGCCAUGGCCGACGCCGACCGCCUGGCUGGACCAGCGGCUGCCGAGCUCUUGGCCGCCACGGUGUCCACCGGCUUUAGCCGGUCGUCCGCCAUUAACGAGGAGGAUGGGUCUUCAGAAGAGGGGGUUGUGAUUAAUGCCGGAAAGGAUAGCACCAGCAGAGAGCUUCCCAGUGCGACUCCCAAUACAGCGGGGAGUUCCAGCACGAGGUUUAUAGCCAAUAGUCAGGAGCCUGAAAUCAGGCUGACUUCAAGCCUGCCGCGCUCCCCCGGGAGGUCUACUGAGGACCUGCCAGGCUCGGAGGCCACCCUGAGCCAGUGGUCCACACCUGGGUCUACCCCGAGCCGGUGGCCGUCACCCUCACCCACAGCCAUGCCAUCUCCUGAGGAUCUGCGGCUGGUGCUGAUGCCCUGGGGCCCGUGGCACUGCCACUGCAAGUCGGGCACCAUGAGCCGGAGCCGGUCUGGGAAGCUGCACGGCCUUUCCGGGCGCCUUCGAGUUGGGGCGCUGAGCCAGCUCCGCACGGAGCACAAGCCUUGCACCUAUCAACAAUGUCCCUGCAACCGACUUCGGGAAGAGUGCCCCCUGGACACAAGUCUCUGUACUGACACCAACUGUGCCUCUCAGAGCACCACCAGUACCAGGACCACCACUACCCCCUUCCCCACCAUCCACCUCAGAAGCAGUCCCACCCUGCCACCCGCCAGCCCCUGCCCAGCCCUGGCUUUUUGGAAACGGGUCAGGAUUGGCCUGGAGGAUAUUUGGAAUAGCCUCUCUUCAGUGUUCACAGAGAUGCAACCAAUAGACAGAAACCAGAGGUAAUGGCCACUUCAUCCACAUGAGGAGAUGCUUGAAAAAUCUCAAACGCUAAGAAAAGGGAGUAGGAAGAACAAGGAGUUGAGCCCUUGAAAGAUGACAGUGGUCUUCUUGCCUUCAUGCUUGGCCCUCUCUCCUCAAAAGGGCAAUGUUGGUACAAAAUUCCAUCUCAGCCACUUUCGAGGAGUUAUCUUCAUUAGCUAUAUCCAUCCUUUAAUCCAACACACACCUGCAAUGAUUACUGUGCAACUAUUUUGCUUAAUUUUUUAUUUGAAAAAAUGUAUUUAAAAGUCCAACAACUUUUUAAUAUAAAUUACGACUCUCAAACCCAUUCCCAUCACUUUAUUAGUGAUGGUAGCAUACGUAUUAGAGAAGGUAGCUAAAGGCAAGAGAGCACCAAAGGAAAAAGACUGUGUCCAAAGAACAGGUAUUAGAAUGAGGCCGAAGAUCACGGUGACCAGAGAUUUCUAGGAGUCUCUAACCUUUCCACCCUAUCCUGUUAACCCUUUAGAUCUCUAGUAUAACACUCAGGCUACUGAGGUAUUUUAGAGCAACAAGCUGGGUUACUUUCAGAGCAACCAGCUUGAAUGGAACUGAGAGUAAAUUGGGAAUGUAUGACCAAUCUUAGACCCUGAAAAAUGGCAGAAAAUACAUGGAAAUUUGAAAAAAAAAAAAAAAAAAAAAAAGAAUAGAA